AUGGUGCCGACCGCGUCGAUUUCGGCGCACGUUUUGGACAUUUCCGGCGGCAAACCGGCGGCGGGAAUUCAAAUUUUAGCCUAUUUUCAAGUUGAUGAUAGUUGGAAGAAAAUUGGAUCUGAAUUCACUCAAACCAACGGCCGCGUCGAUUGGGUCUCGCCGAACGUUCCGCUCGAAUCUGGAACCUAUCGCCUCGUCUAUCUAACCAAACCAUACUACAAUCAGCAGGGCAUCGACACCUUCUAUCCGUACGUGGAAGUGAUAUUCGAAGUCAAAGACGCCACUCAACAUUACCAUGUGCCUUUAACAUUGAGCCCGUGGGGAUAUUCGACCUAUCGCGGUUCUUGA